AUGCUCAGUGAUAUUGGAGCAUGUGGAAAGGAUGUCUGGCAAGGAGCAUUGAGCAGAUUGAACAACAUUCCAAGCAAGUUUGAGAUGAAGGUUCGUCGGGCAAGCAUUUUUGAGGAUGCCUAUCGUGCCAUCAUGGGGGUAUCCAGAGUGGAGUUGCUCAAGGCCAAAUUGUGGGUGGAGUUUGAUGGUGAAACGCUCCUGGAUUAUGGAGGUGGCUCACGUGAAUGGUUCUUCCUUCUCUCCAAAGAAAUGUUCAAUCCCUAUUAUGGCCUUUUUGAAUAUUCUGCCAUUGACAACUACACUCUCCAGAUCAAUCCAUAUUCUGGGGUGUGCAACGAAGAUCAUCUCCAUUACUUCCAAUUCAUUGGGCGGGUGGCAGGGAUGGCUGUGUUCCAUGGGAAACUCCUUGAUGGCUUCUUCAUUCGACCCUUCUACAAGAUGAUGCUUGGGAAACCCAUUGAGUUAUAUGACAUGGAGAGUGUUGACCCUGAAUACUCAAACUCCCUCAAAUGGAUCAAGGAGAAUGACCCUGCAGGUCUAUGCCUUACCUUCUGUGUGGAUGAAGAGACAUGCUUUGGUGAAACAGCUCAGCAUGAGUUGAAGCCAGAUGGUGCCUCCAUUCCAGUCACGAAUGAGAACAAGGAAGAAUACAUCCAGCUGGUUAUAAAGUGGAGAUUUGAGAAAAGGAUCCAGGAGCAGAUGAAUGCAUUUCUGAAGGGGUUCAACGACCUGGUCCCACUGAAUGCCAUCAAGAUCUUCGAUGAGCAUGAGCUGGAACUCCUUCUUUCGGGUUUGCAGGAGAUUGACAUUAAGGACUGGAAGACUAAUUCCAAUUACAAGGGAGAAUAUCAUCCCAAUCACAUUGUGAUUCAGUGGUUUUGGCGGGCCGUGCUCAGUUUUUCGAAUGAGCUGAGAGCCCGGCUUCUGCAGUUUGUGACUGGAACAUCCCACGUUCCAAUGAAUGGAUUCAAGGAGCUGUAUGGGAGUAAUGGACCCCAGUUGUUCACCAUUGAGCAAUGGGGACAACCGUCUCAGCUUCCAAGAGCUCACACCUGCUUCAACCGACUGGACCUGCCUCCAUACAAAAGCUAUCAUGAACUGAGGGAGAAGCUAUUGAAGGCCAUUGAGGGAGCAGAAGGAUUUGGAGGAGUCGAUUGAACAGAGGCUGUCCACUCCUGUCUCUCCCCCCUUGUGAUAUCUUAUUGUACCUUCAUAUGCAUAUGCCCUCAUUCCUUCUUUUAUCUUCUGUAUUUCCUCAUGUUUUAUGGUGAUGACAGAGACUGCCCUCCUUACUUCAGUGCUCAGAGUUCACUUCCCUUGUGCUUCACUUCAAGAGACACAGAAAUAUAUAUAUUCUAUGCAAGCGUC